CGGCAUUUUGACUUAUUUACUUUGUACACAAAGCCAGAUCGGACGGUGCAUGCACAAAGCCAGAUCGGACGGUGAAGAAAGAAAACACAGCGUUUGAAACCAAUUCAAGUAUUGAAGAACAUGCCGUAAAUGUAAUGGACGAUUAUUCAGAUCAAAAUCCAACAAGGAAUUUGCAUGUAAAAAGACAGAUCAAUACAUGUAAGUGAUAAACCCCAUAAAUUAAGCAAUAUGGAAGUUUCAAGUACUUCAACUUGUUUAGGUCACUCAAAGAGACACAUCAGCACAAAAACCAGUGAUCAAAAUUUUAAGUGUGAAUUAUGUGGGAAGCCAUUUUCCGUAUCAGUAGACAUUAACAGCUACAUGAGGACCCAAUCUGGUGAAGAACCUGACAUUUGUGAUGCUUGUGAAAAGACGUUCAACCAAUCAGGUACCUUACACAAAAAGACGUUCAACCAAUCAGGUACUUUGCACAAAAAGACGUUCAACCAAUCAGGUACCUUUCAGAAAAAUAAGAGGGUACAUACUGAUAAUAUACGCUAUAAAUGCGAUGUGUGUGAAAAACCCUUUAAACGAUUUUAUACUUUGAAGAUACAUAUAAGGAUACACACAGGUUAUGAACCUUAUAAAUGUGGUGUGUGUGGAAAAACUUAUAUGGAACCGGCAGUUUUAAAGAGACACAUGAAGAAACAUACAGAUGAUAAAUCUCAUAAAUGUGGAGUGUGUGAAAAGGCUUUUAUAUACCUUGCUGUUUUAAAGAAUCACAUGCGGACACAUACAGGUCAUAAACCCUACAAAUGUGGUGCGUGUGGAAAAUCAUUUUCUCAAUCAAGCAACUUAAAGAUUCACCUUAUGAUACAUAAAGGCGAGAAACCUUAUAAAUGUGAUUUGUGUGGAAAGGCAUUCAGUCGGUUAGGUGACUUACAGAGACACAUGAGAACGCAUACAGGUGAUAAACCUUUUAAAUGUGAUAUAUGUGAGAAGACAUUUAGCCAGUCACAAUGGUUAAAGAGCCACAUGAGGACACAUAAUGGUAAUUAGCCUUAUGUGAAAUAUGCGAAAAGGCAUUUCACCGAUUAGAUAAUUUACAGGAACAGAGGCUGACACAUACUGAUGAUAAACCUUUUAAAUGUGAUCUUUGAUGAAAGGCAUUCCACUGGGCAGGAAAACUAUAGAUACACAUGAGAACACAUACUGGUGAUAAACCUUAUAAAUGUUUAAAUUUAAAGUUCAAAUUACAAUUGUUUUUGAAUACUGCAUUAUAUUUUUUUUUUCAAGACUCUUUCAUUUUUUAAAGACUUUUAUGUUUUU